UGGGGGGAAACGAGGGGAAGGUGGGAGUGGCAGGCACCUUUACUGUUGCCAAACACCGACGGGCUGGCGGCACUCCUACAGCGAACCGCCGCUGGACAACCCGCCUCGUACACUCGGGAAAAGGACACCCAAGGACACUCCUUCUCGCCCGAGGAUGACGGCCGCUCGAGGACUUCCUUCUUUGCCCCUGGCGGCAGGACUCGUCGUACUGCUGGCUGCCGGCACAGCCAGCGGCCUCAAGUGCUACUCGUGCGCCUCCGACACGGACACCAUGUGCAACGACCCCUUCAACUCCCGCCACGCGCUCACGGACUGCGAGUCGCAGCGCACCUACAACCAGCACGCCAACAUCGUGUCCUACUGCAAGAAGGUGCAGCAGAUCAGGAACAACGACCACAUCACGGUGAGGGGCUGCGCCUGGGCGUCGGAGAUGGACAAGGACAGCAUCUGCCGCAGCACGGACACGCCCUUCUACAUGGAGCAGAAGUACUGCUCCGUCUGCAGCACGGACGGCUGCAACUCCGCCCCCGGGUCGCUGCUGCCAUCUGUCGUCAGCGUGUUGGCGCCCGCCGCGCUGGUGGUCCUGCUCAAGACCGCCUGAACCCACCACCCCCUUCCCGACGGCAAGGACUGCUUCAAGACUAGCUAGCGCCCGGCGGGUCGAGUCGCCGACAUUUUGUACAUAACACUUGUAUCGAUGUUCACAUCAGGCUUUCUGAGGCCAUCGUCUGUGUGAAGUAGCUUGGCUUCCGGGUUGCAGCCUCGCGUCUCCUUGGCGAAUGGUUCACCCGACGUUUCGGUCGACAUUUCAGUCGCCAUCAUCAUCAUCAAGGAGCAGCAGAAGCCAAGCUGCUUUAUACUUAUGUAUAUUAUAGUUGGGAUUAAGAUCUUAACGUGGCGUAGGACCGUUCUGCGAUGACACGAAUCUCCCGAAACACGGAAACGAAAAAAACAAACAAACAAUGAAAUUGCAUUUUAAGGUUACGGAAUAUUAAAAUAUAUAUAUAGUUCUUCGAGAUCAUAGCACGGGCAGAAUGAAGAUAUAUGACAAAAUUAAACGACUCAGUAAUAAUAGAACAAUAGAUCUGAUUGUACUUUAAACAAUUUCUAACACAUUUAGAACAUAAAAAAUAAAAUAACCACCGCAGCCAAGUACUUGGAUUCUUAUUGGUCGCACGGAGCAACGUAAACGGAAGAGCUCGGCGUUGCCGAGCUUAUUAAUCUGUGCGGGUUCGUCUCCGUUUACGUAAUCCGUCUCCGUUUCCGUGUCAUUGUGGGACGGGCCUCAUAAGGAAUGAUUUAUAAACUACGCAAGAAUGCAGGACGCAUAAUGCUCAGCAACCACGUUAUAGAGUACCGUUUUUUUUUUAAAAACUACGCAAGGCACCAAAAAAAAGAAGAAAGAAACAACUCGAGUGUUGUUCAACUUUCAGUCUCCUUGCGUUUUGGCGUGUGUUUCCGACGGUCAGAUUCGAAAAGGAGUGUUCUGAAAACUUUUUAAGAUGCAAACGUUAUGUGAAAAGCAACCCUUGAUGUUCUAUUUAUUAUGUUUUACAUAUUUUUAAACUUGUUAAACUUUCUCACAGUAAAAUAAUAUUAUACUUAAAAAUCAAAAUGUUGAAAAUUCCUUUCGUUUUCGUGAAAAAUACUAAUUAUUAAAAAAAGGCCCAGAAAAGAAAAUUUGUUUUCUACGGUUUUACAAUUUCAAGUUGUAGGUUUGGUGACGUCUUGCGCGCUUUAUAAAUGGCCGUGAUUUUCUUGCGUUGGUUGCGUUUUGCGUUUUUGUGAUGUUGCGUCUCUUGCGUAGUUUAUAAACCCGGCUUAAGAGUCACAUGUCUGUAACAAAACAUAACAUAACCUCACAAUUAUGUCAAAAAAUUUGACUUAAGGACGAGUAUUUCUGAUUUGUAACGGAAAAUUAUGCCUGCAGGUUAGUCUGAAAUAUAAAUAGCUAUUUUACUUAUUUUUGUAGUUAAACAGAAUAAAAUAUUUUUGAAAGAUUUCAUCUGUACUGCUUGUGAAUACAAAUAUGUAACUGGCAUUUAGCUGCUCGAAAUAUAUGUUACAAACAGGGGACAUGAUUUUGGGACAAAAGUGCAAUCAUUUGUAAUUUUUUUUCACCAACAUAAAAAUCUGUGAGGUACCGAUGUUUUUUUUUAUUCUGCAGGACAAUCACAAUGAACGCAAUAAUAUUCCAGAAUUGUAUUCACUUGCAUGUAUAUUUGUACUAUAAAUAACUAUUUUAAUAACUACCAAAGAUUGAAUAAAUUAAUCAGACAUAAUAAAAAAAAAUUCAUCUCAAUCUAUACUUGGUACCAAACAUUUUAUUUUCUAGUUUCUAUCAGUGUAAUUUUAAUUAUAAAAUUGUGAACAUUUGUAGUUUUAGAUGCUUUUCUCAAUUUUAUUCGUGCAAAAUUAGCUAAAUUUUGUGAUUUUGGUUACAAUACUUUACUAUUAUUUAUAGUUUCCCAACAGUUCACUUUAAUUAGUACCAAUGACUAUCAAGAUAUAAUGGGAUUUCUGAAUUCGUUGCGUUUUCCAUAAUAUUUUGUAAUAUACAUUUACAAAUACUUAAAUGCUUGGUCACCACGUAAUACAAAAUUUAUACUAUAUAUUUAUUCUGUUGAUAUCAAGUGGGAUAAAGCAUGAUUAGUAGAAUAUAGAAUUAUAUAAAAUUAUAUGUAAAUCAAAUUUAUAAAGAACCAUAGUUAUUUUUUUCCUAAUAUUUUAUUCCCAAUGACUGUCUAUUCACAUACCAUACAAAAGUAAAUUAUGCACGUGAAAAUAUGUAAAUUCACUAUAGAAACUUAUUUUAUUAUUUUUCAAGACGAAAAAACAUGCAUUAAAAAUUUAUCCUAGCUUAUAUGUAAGAAGAUCCAUGGAUUAUUUUGCGGAUAACAAAUACAAUCAUCAGACAGUUAAUCACAACUUAUUAAAAAUAUACUGGUAGAGAGAUACCUUUACUACUAGAGGUAAAGGGUACUCCAGCUCAAGAACAAUCAUAACUGGUAACUCAGUACCAGGACUGAUAGUAAGUUAUAGUAGAAAUUACUUUCGCAGGUAAAUCAAUCCCCGUCAAAAAGAAACAUGAAACAAAAUCUUCAAGUAUUUUUAAUGUAAUAUUCAUUGAGAAACAAAUACUCAUUACUUUCAUUUUACAGUUUGAUGGUAAUGUUGAUGUAAAACAAUAAAAUGA